AUCAUCGCCAUUUUCGACAGCUAUGACGAAAUCACGGAAGAGGAAAUAGAUGGCGCUUCUUAAUAGUGAUUGAGGAUAUAGCAGGCAGAAUGAGUGAAGGUACAGCAACUAUCAGGACCAGAAAGUUCAUGACAAACCGGCUUUUGUGCCGGAAACAGAUGGUUGUGGAUGUUUUGCAUCCAGGGCAACCAUCUGUUAAGAAGACUGAAAUUCGAGAGAAACUAGCAAAGAUGUACAAAGUUACAUCAGAUUUAGUGUUCUGUUUUGGUUUCCGUACAGCCUUUGGUGGUGGAAAGUCGACUGGUUUUGCCCUCAUAUAUGAUACACUGGACUAUGCGAUGAAGUUUGAACCUAAACAUAGGUUAGCCAGGCAUGGACUUUUUGAGAAGCAGAAGGCCACGCGCAAACAGCGCAAAGAACGUAAGAAUAGGAUGAAGAAGGUGCGUGGUACCAAGAAGUCCAAAGUAGGGGCAGCAUCAGGAAAGAAGGGAGGCAAAAAAUAGAAUGCUUGCUCUGAACCUUAUGUUCAAAGUGCCUGAUUGAGAUGCUACUUUCUUACGUUACAUUGACGCCGUGGGAUUCAGCUUUCGUUCAUUGGCAUGUUGUAAGAAGACAUGAAAUGUGUACUUAAUGUUGGCUGUUUGGCUAAUGAGGACCCAGGUUCUGAUCAGCUGAAUGGUUUGAGGCAUUUCCUGUCUUCAUUAUACAUCUCAUCUCUGGUGCUUGGUAUUUAUUUCUCUGCUUUUCUGUGUUAUACAUUACUCAUUAUUGUAAACUUUGUCAUGCUGGUGUCAUUAUAGCCUGAUAAAUAGAUGUAUACAAUAAUUAUACAGUACUUGGCAGAAAUUGGA